AUGGCAGAGGAAGAGGAGGAGCCCGGCUUUGAGGAAGAGCCAGAGGAGACUCAUGGAGGUAUGGAGUCUGUGCACGGGAGGCGCAAGAGGCUGUUCUCCAAAGAGCUGCGCUGCAUGAUGUACGGCUUUGGGGACGACCAGAAUCCUUACACAGAGUCUGUGGACAUCCUGGAAGACCUGGUCAUCGAGUUCGUCACCGAGAUGACACACAAGGCUAUGUCCACAGGGAGACAGGGGAGAGUGCAAGUGGAGGACAUAGUGUUUCUUAUCCGCAAAGACCCGAGGAAGUUCGCCCGAGUCAAAGACCUGCUGACGAUGAACGAGGAGCUGAAGCGAGCGAGGAAGGCUUUCGACGAGGCCAACUACGGCUCCUAA